ACUGUAAAAGCGCAAAUCGUUCGGUCGUUGAUAUAUUAGUGAAGAUAAAAGAAACGGAAAACUUCGAAAUGUCGAUGCCGGCAAAGACUGACUACCUUUCAUACGGCUAUGCUGGUGUUGUUGCUUUAGGUGGCGUGACUGGUUACCUUAAAGCAGGCAGUGUUAUGUCGUUGGCAAUGGGAUUGCUAUUUGGUGGAUUUGCAGGUUUUGGUGCGAUGCAAACUUCAACAAAUCCCAGAAACAUAACUCUCGCAGUAGGUACUGCUGGUAUUCUAACAGUUGUCAUGGGGCUACGUGCUUUCAAAUCUGGACAGUUUAAAUUCAUGCCUGCUGGUUUGAUUUUCAUGUUAAGUAUGAUGCAAGUUGGUCAUCUUCUCUACAAAAGCAGAAGCUAGUUAAUGCACUACAAUUUAAUGCCAAGCAUAAUUUUCAAACCAUUGUUUGUAAUUUAAUCAAAAUAAACAAGAUGUAAUUACAA